GAUGCGCGCAGCAGAGAGCCCAGCAGCGCCUGCUCCACCGCUGACGAGAAGGUCUGCGCCUGCUUUACUUUCGACAAGCGCCGAGCCAGCCCCGACCCCACAAUUAUGCGUCGCUCAGGAGGUAAACAACUCACCAACAUCGUUGCCGCUAGGCGAGCCAGCUAUGGACGCCUCUGACGCAAUGGAUCUCGACGAAGAUCUCCUUAAAAUAUUAGGGGACGACCCCUCUCAAGUCAGAGUCUACGGCAAGGAGAUCAGACCUGAUCUUGCAGUACGUUUGCAACAUAUAGCUACUAAUGGGCUAGGUAAAGAUACACGUAAGGAACUUUUAGACAGGUACUUACCUCCUGCAAAUAGCGCCUUGAUUGAUGCACCUACCCUCAAUCCUGAGGUAAAAGCCGCCGUCCAUGAACAUGUCUUUAAGAGGGACAAAAGCAUAGAAAUACGACAGAAACAGAUUUCAUCUGCAAUUUCCGCCUUAUCAGAGAGCCUUACCUUGCUCUUGACUGAACAACCAAAGAACACAAAGCUGAUACAGCUAUUAAUGGACUCUUGUAAGAUUCUAUGUGACAGUCAGCACGCAGAAUCGUUAGUUAGGAGGAACUUUAUUCUUCAUAACUUAAAGAAGGAGCUUAAAGACGAAUUACAAACAACCAAAAUUGACAAGUUACUCUUCAGUCAGGAACUUGCGGAAAAAAUAAAAGCCGCUAAGGCCAUAAAUAAAUCAGGAGAUGAUUUGAAAGCCACACCAUCGACCUCAGGUCUGCAGGCUAAGAAGAACAAUAAUAAUAAAGUACCCCCCAAGAAUUUAAACUGGCGAGGUCCUCCCCAGAAUUAUUACAGGCCGAAGGGUACUCAGAGGACGAAGGAGCCUGCACUGAAGAGCCGUCGCGACAACUCCUCGAGAAAAUCAUCGCAUCCGCAUCACAGGCGCAGCACCCGCCGAUAGAUAUGCAACCGAGAUAUUCACCAAAAGAUUACCCUGGUUGCAGGGAUCUUAUCAGGACGUCGAUGAUGAAGAAAUUUGUACCAGAAUCUGCAAUAUGCAUUAUGCUGGCCUCUCUGUCAAAUAGCUCACUAAAACAAUAUGAUUCUUGUCUCAAGAAAUGGUUUUCUUUUUGUAUUAAUAAUCAAGUAGAUGUUUACCAAGCAUCUGUUCCAAAUGUGAUUUCUUUUUUAACUGAUUUGUACCACUCUGGUGCUCAAUAUGGAACACUAAAUAGUUGCCGGUCUGCUCUUUCAUUAAUCUUAGGUGCAGACAUAGGCAAUGAUAAUCGUAUGAAACGUUUUUUCAAAGGCAUAUUUCGCUUACGUCCACCUUUACCAAAAUAUAGCAUGACCUGGGACACAUCUGUAGUUCUGAACUCUCUUGCAAAUUGGUAUCCAAAUGCAACUCUUAAUUUAGAAAAAAUAUCGAAAAAACUUGUAACGCUUCUAGCUUUAACAACAGCACAUCGAGUUCAGACUCUUUCCAAAAUUAACAUUAAGAACAUUGAGUUUCAUGUCAAUGAAAUUCAUAUAAAAAUUCCAGAUUUAAUAAAAACUUCGCGCGUUGGUGUUGCACAACCAACUCUUGUUUUACCAUAUUUCCGAGAAAGGCCGGAAAUAUGUCCAUGUGCUGCUUUACAUUCUUAUUUAGAUGUGACAAAAACUCUUCGUAGUAGUGAUGUCCUAUUUGUAAGCUUGAAUAAACCACACAGAGCAAUAACUUCCCAAACCUUAAGUAGGUGGAUUAAGAAUACUUUGCAAGAAUGUGGUAUUGAUAUAUCAAUAUUUACAGCCCACAGCACAAGACAUGCUGCGACGUCUAGGGCUCAUAGAUUAGUAGUCAAUUUAGAUGUAAUAAGGAAAACUGCUGGGUGGAGUGGUACCUCCAGCACGUUUGGACGCUUUUAUAAUAGAAUUAUUGUUAAAAAUAUCAAUUCCUGUACCUUGGCAAGAAGUAUAUUAAAUGAUUCAUUGUGUGACAAUUAACAAGGUGAUAAAAUAUUGUUUAAUUAUUUUCUGUUUGAUCUUACAGUUGUCCAUAAUUGGACUAAGAAUACAUUCUCUUUAUAAUGAUUAA